AGGGGAGGGAAACGGCUCGGCCGCAUUCGGGGCCGCCUGCGCUCAUCAAACGCCGCUCAUUGAACAGACAAGUGAGGCAGAGCUGGAGUGGAAACAUUUGUUAUGCCGUAAUAUGCGUGAAUUUCUAAAAUAAUACCGGGGUUGCUGAAGCCCUUCCAAAAGAAGUCUGGAUCAUAACGCAGCUGCCAGAGCCCUGAGUGGGCUGGUGCAACCCAUCGCGCCCACUCAAUAUUGAGCACCAAACAUUCCACAAAGUCAGACGGGUAUCGAGGGACGAUAUUACAUGCCAGCUUUUUUUGUUGUUUUUGAUUGGCCCCUUUAGGUUUCACUCCCCCUUCCUCCCUUACACCCUUUCAUUCAUAACAAAGAGUCAAACAGAUAUUUUCGCCCUAGUGUGGCAGCCAGGCUGCCCCCCCAGUCACAGAUGAAUGAAGACCCCAUUUGGGAAGAACGCGGCCCAAAGAUCCAGAGCUGAUGCAGGGCAUCCUGGUGUCUCUGCCAAUAUGAUGAAGAAAAAGAAUUCUCACAAGAAACACAAAAGCACUGUAGGGCCCACAAAAGCUGUUACUCAGCCCAGACGGAAUAUCGUGGGCUGUCGUAUCCAACACAUCUGGAAAGAGGGCAGCGGAGCAGCAUCACAGUGGAAAGGAACUGUUUUAGACCAGGUGCCUGUCAACCCGUCGCUCUACCUGAUUAAAUAUGACGGUUUUGACUGCGUUUACGGCCUGGAGCUGCACAAAGACGAGAGAGUGCAAGGACUGGAAGUCCUGCCGGACAGACUAGCAUCAACACGCAUCAGCGACGCCCACCUGGCCGACACCAUGAUCGGCAAAGCUGUUGAGCACAUGUUUGAGACGGAGGACGGCACUAAGAAUGAGUGGAGGGGAAUGGUGCUGGCUCGAGCGCCCAUCAUGAACACAUGGUUUUAUAUCACAUACGAGAAAGACCCGGUGCUAUACAUGUACCAGCUGCUCGAUGACUACAAAGACGGAGAUCUGAGGAUCAUGCCAGACUCAAACGACUCGCCCCCAGCGGAGCGUGAGCCCGGAGAGGUAGUGGACAGCCUUGUUGGUAAGCAGGUGGAAUAUGCCAAAGAGGACGGCUCUAAACGAACUGGUAUGGUUAUCCAUCAGGUGGAGGCCAAGCCUUCCGUCUACUUCAUCAAGUUUGAUGACGACUUUCACAUUUACGUCUAUGACCUGGUGAAAACAUCGUAGGCAGCGACAUGCUCGUGCGGCAAGGAGAGGGGGAGGAAUUUAACGUACCAUGUGAUCCACAAACUUUUUGCCAAAAGUUUUUUCACUGAACAUUUCUCGUAACAUCUCUUGGAAAUGGAACGGUGGAUGUUUUGGUGGAACAUCGGAUUACCACUAGUCAAGUGUCUCUUAUCGUUGUAGGAUAAACGGAUAGCUGGACAUCACAUCGCCCAACAUAAACGUAGCUUAAUAUUUCAAAUUUGUCUCAAGCAUUUCCCAUUCCUGUUGGUGUCACUGAUUUAUUACCAAGAUACACCAUCAUUUUCAUCGGAAAACCAGAGAUCUCUCUCAGUUGUGUCUGACCGUUAAAGUAACAACAUUCUCUGAAAAUCUGGGAUGCAUGGAAGGUUCCAGAAGUGAAUAUGAUGACCUGUUGGACUGUUGCGUUUCUAUGUUGUUGACACCGUUUUAUGUCGCCCCAAAGUCUCUGUAAACUAUGACAUUCAAGUAAGCGGUGUCCAGCAAUGAGAAUCACCCUAAGUUGAAAAUCGUAAUUCUUUAUCACUGUUUUUGGAUGUUUUGGGGGGAAGUUUAAAACGCAAAAGUUCACGAUUUUUUUAGGAGUUCGUAGAAAACGGGAGCUUUUAAGCUUGUCUGAAAUGCUACGGCAACGUGUGCGUAAGCGCCUGGAGACGGAGGGCAGGACGUUAGCGGUAGAAAGUGGCAUGGGAAAAUCGUUGUCUUGUUGUAAACAAGACAAACUAGAGCACAGCAAUCCUGUUAUAGCUGAUGUCGUUGCAGUUAUUGCGGUUGCCAGAUGCUUCGUGUUUUAUCCCUCCGUACUCUAGAACUCGCGGUCCACCUCGCCAGAAAGAAUAAUGCACACGGGCGCUGUCAAUGAUUCGUAGACAUUUGUGGAGUGAAUCCCCACCGUCUUGUAUAAUUUUAUUUUUUUAUUUUCCACCCUGUUUUUUAUUAUAAAUAUCACCACAAAGUAAACGCUAAUGCAGCUUUUAUCAUCGUAAGCACUCAAUUUUGAUAAUCUAAGAUGUGAGCGCUUCUUUUACUCCCCUUAUUUUUUUUUUACGCAAUGUCACAUCUGUAUGUUGUAACAGAACGUUUUUGAGCUUUUUUAGUGUACCUUUACUUCAUGGGCUUCAUUAAAUGGUUAAAACUUGCCCAGUAACUAUGUAUCAGAUUGCAUAGUGAGGACAUUUUGCGUUUGCAAAUUCUCAUGGGUAUUAUCGUUGUUAUGGUGUAGUUUAAUGGGUUUUAUUGUCUCGAAGCGCAUUCUCAACAGUCAAAGCUGUACGGUUACCCAUUUCCCAAAAGUAUUUAGUGACGUUACACAAACCAGUCGCACAAAGUGUUUGAUCUCGAACAGGUUAGAAAAUGUUGAUGCAAUAACGGGAAAAGUAUUCAGGAAUUUCUUUGCGAACUGUGCACCCCAUUUUCGUUUUAUGUGACUGUUAGGUUAUUAAAUUCUUCUUUCUAUCAGCCUUUUGAGAUUUCUUUGUCUCGGAUUCUCGAUGUUGCCUCUCUGUGAGCCUAAAAAAAGUUUGUGCCUCAAUAUUAACUUUCGUCUGGUUCCAGUAUGUUUUUCUUUAAAUGUGUGUUUUGUCUGAAAAAGGUUUGUAUGUUCCCAUUAGACUCGUUCAAAAUGACUGGAAGGCCCCCUCUGAGGAAUGUUACUAUGUCUGAAGAAAGCCUUGCAGCUACAUGUGUUUUUCAUUAUUCCUGUGUGUUCUGCUGUUGGUUCCAGUGUUCCAGUUUUAACACUGCAGCAAGUUCCAUGUGCAUACAACAUGCAACUCUUAUCUGUUGUCCUCAAAUGAACAGGUCACACAAAGCCGCUGUAUUCUGUAUUUAAUGCGCAACAAUAUUAGUGUGACUCUUGUGAAGAAAUAUCCGGGUCCGAUUUCACACUAAAAUAAAAAAUACAAAAAAUAUUUGUUUGCAUAAAGAGAAUAUUGCCUGUGUUUAGGACCAGUAAGUUGUUUGUGUUGUGACAUUAUUUUCAUGACUAUUAAGUGCAUUUCUCCCCCGAAUUGCAUUACUGCUUAUUUUUAAUUCUGAAAAGAAAAAAAGAAAAUAAUAAAUAACGUUCCAUAUUGUGUCCAGACGUUUAAUUUUUGAGGAUUUUCAGUGUCAUUAUUCAUAAUGCAUCCAGACAUUUAAUUUGAGUUUUUUUAAAAAGGAUUUUUAAGUUAAAUUAGAGCAUAACGCAUAAAUUAGAGGCAAUUUAAAAAUACUAACUUGAUUUAUAAAUACUUGACAAUUUCAGUACAGUGAGAAUAUUAUUUUUCAUUACAUUAUGCUACUGAAAAUUUGGGGUGAAAUGUUCUUAAUUGUUAUGAAAAUAAUGUCAAUGCAAAAAAAAAAAAAAUACAUUAAUUAAUGCAUUUUUUUUUUCUGCAUUGUGACAUUACUUUCAUGACAUUAAGAUGCAUUUUCCCACCAAAUUCUCAUUACUGUAAUGAAAAAAAUAUAUAAUUCCCAAAUUAAAUUUUAAUGGUCUGUAAUGCGUCAGAACAUUUUAUUUUUGAGAAUUUUUCAAAGUGUCAUUAUUCUAAAAAAAAUAAUAAUAAAAAAGUACUAUUAGUUAUGAUUUUUAUUUUAAAUCAGCAUAAACUAGAGGCAUUAAAACAAUACGAUAAUGUAUAAACAAUUUUAUUUUUAUUUUUUUACAACAGUAGUGAGAAUAUUAUUUUUCUUAUUACAUUAAGCUACUGAGAAUUUGGGGUGAAAUGUGCUUAAUUGUCAUGGAAAUAAUGUCAACAUAAUUUUUUUUUAAUUUUUGCAUUGUUUUUUGUUUUUUUAAUUCUUCAUUGUGACAUUAUUUUCAUGACUAUUAGAUGCAUGUUCACAACAAUAUUUAUAAUAUGACAUUAGGCCGCUAAGAAUAGGUGUAUUUGCUUAAUUAGAUGCUUAAUUUAAAUUAGAAAAAUAACUAAAUAUUGACCUAAUUUUCUCAUUUUCACAAGCAAAAUAUAUAUUUAAAAAAUAUAUAUUUUGAUUUUGGAGUAAAAUAUGACCUGGACAUUUCUUGGCGGUUUUCAUGAGAUGCAUUAAUAUGGUGUGUUCUAUUUGCGCUUAACAUUAUCUGUUUAGUUUUUAUCUUGGAGAUGUUUGUGAUUCUCCAAGUAUUCGACCUUGAAACCUUAAAACAGAUGACCUGCUCAGCUUGCCAAAAAAAGCAUCAAGUUUAAUGACCUUAACGCAGAUGUAAACCUGCAGCUUGGGACUGUUGUUCCACUUUUACGUUUAAAAUGAGAGCUAGGUCACUGAAGAACGGUAUGCAUCCUCAUUGCAGCAUUAUGUACUUACCAAGUCUCCACUGGUAGAAUUGUGUCUUAUUCGAAAUGGAAAACGGACAUGUCAGUAUGCAAUUGGUUACCCUCAGAAAAGACAUAUUCAAGGGAUUGGCCUUUUACAUGUACCUACUGUAGUAUUGUACAGUGUUUGAUGUCAGGUCGAUGUGGCAAAUUAAAAAAAAUACGAAAACUAGACCGUUCUUUUUGCAUGAUAUGAGUAGAGUUGUUAUCGUAUGUUAGUGUGAUGCAUGUGUACCCGUCUUUUCAUUUCGGCAAUUUGUUCCCUCAAUGAAAGGUUGUUUGUGUUGCUAAUUGUGGCGUUUUCGUUCCGGUUUUGAAUCCAUUUCUACAAAAACAAAAAACAAAAAAAAAAAAGUAUUUUAUUUUCUGCUAUGCUCUAUAAGAUCAAAUGCACUGGUGUUUGUGUGGCGUGCCAAUUGGAAGGCAAUGUACCAGUGUUAAACAGCAUUUUAGCGAUCAUAUCCUUUCUGACACAGUACCACCGUUCUGCUACAAGACAAAUCGAUUUGUUUGUAUGAAGAGUGCCAAAUUUAAUGAAGACAUAGGCCUUACACGAUUGGGACAAAAAAAUAAAAAUACAAAUCUAUAUGUUAGAGUGGGCUAAUGUGUGCAUGUGUGAAAUAUUGCAUAUCUAAUUCAACCUUGUAGGUAUAGAUUUAAGUGACAGAUGUCCUAUCAAUGCACACUUUAAACUACUUGGAGAGAAUUAGUGUAUGGUCCCUUUAAGAUGCUGUUGCUCUUUAUUUACUUUGUAUAAAAAGAAAGAAAAGAAUCGACAAAAAUACAGUGCAAUUUGAUGAUUGUUGUAGAUACAUGUACUGUAUAGUUCACAUUUCAUGUUCUUUCACGUAUAGGUAAAUGGCUUCUAUUGGACCGAAUCUGUUAUUUCUUUCUUCCUUUUUUAACAUGUAGAUAGUUCAUUUUAUUUUCAUUUAAGUAUAAAAACAUUUUAAAACCUGUUGAUUAAUUCAUCAAGUAAUUUUUAUAAUUAUUAUGUAAGUCUAUCCUUAUAAGAUUAAAAAAAAAUGUAAUGUGAA